AUGAGCUUCAGUCCUGAUACACGCCGGGAUCUUCUCUAUGGGAGGAUGGUUCCUCUUCCUUUCCAGCCCUCCAGCCUGGUCUGAGUCUUCAUCAGCUCACUAUUUUCAGGUGUGAAAAGUAUCCAUGAAUAUAAGACCUAUGUAUCAGUGAACAGGAGAGGGUGCAUGCAUAUCCUUCCACGCAGGCAUGGCUCAGAAAGAGACACCCUCCUGGAGAAAGCAUACCCAGAAGCGCAGGCCUUCUGCCAGAAGCAUGGCCUAAUUUUGAGAAGUCAGCAACGGAAGGGAGCCUCACCACAGUGUUACUGCACCCAGGAGCUCACCAUCGCUGAGCUCCCUGCAGCUCACACCUCUGUUAGCAGCGCCAUAUCGCACAUGCAGAUGGCACCAGGACUCCUGGGGGACCACUGUGGGCACCAGACUGUGCCUCAGCUCAUUGCGGGGAAGGAAUUUGAGGCCCUAACUCUGCAGCUGUCAGGGGACUCUGCCCAGCUCCUGACACAGUGGUACCGGCGGGAUGAGAACGCGCUGCCCACCUGCUACGUGCUGCAGCCGGCUGACGGGCAGGCCUGGCCUCGCCUGGAGAGACGCCUGGCCUCAGCGCUGCAGAACAAUAAUGAAACCCACACAGCCCUCAUCCAUUAUGGGCCACCAGGCUGUGGAAAAACAGCUGUGAUGUGCAAACUAUCUGAGCGGACACUAGUGUUGUUCUUUGACUCUGUGGAGAGAUUACUUUCUGGUGAUGGUGCUCACAGGUUCUACUGGCUCCCUACAGAUUGCCCUCCAAAGGUCCACAUCAUCAUUUCCAUUUCCACAGCAGAGCCUGAUACUCUGAAAUCUCUCCAACAUGCUGUGCCUGAGGCUGAAGCAUACUUUGAAGUAGGACCCUUAUCCUGUGAGGAAGGUGAGGAGAUGCUAGAGAUGCUCUUAGCAUCAGACAGACGACGGCUAAACCCAGCUCAACGGGCCUAUUUCUGUCAGAGCUUCCCUAGUGGUGGGCAAGCCCUGCUCUUCCAUGAGGCCAGAAAACGGGCAUCUUACACUUCACCUUCAGAACUAGCGUUUGCUAGCACAGCCCAGGAUGCCGUGCACCAUCUGUGCAAGAGACUGGAAAAGUCACAUGGCACAGUCCUUGUGGUUCAUGGGUUUGGCUAUAUUGCUUCCUCACGAAAUGGGCUGUCAGACAUGGAGCUGAAGGACAUUUUAUCCCUUGACAAUGAAGUUCUCUCAAACAUUCACCACUGCCACCUUCCUUCAAGUAAAACUAUCCUGCGCCUUCCUCCUCUCCACUGGGCACAGCUACACAGUGACAUGGGAGAGUGCCUGGCAGAACGGAAGGCAGAUGGCUUCACCCUUCUUUGCUUUGUACACAGGCAAUUUGUUGAAAUGGUGCAGAAUCGUUAUCUGUCAAAACAAGACCGAAUCAAGAGGCAUUUUCUCCUGGCAGAUUUCUUCAAGGGGACUUGGAGCUGGGGAAUGAAGAAACCUCUUACAUUGCCACACUUUAGCAGGACCUUGAAUGCCGACAGGAAGGUAGCCCCUCAGCCUCUCUGGUUCUCUGAUACUGUUGCAAAUCUGAGGAAGUUGAGUGAAUUGCCAUUUCAUUUACUUAAUGCUGGAUGAAUUGAGGAGCUAAAACAAGAUGUGCUGGGGAAUAUGAACUGGAUCAGCUGUAAAGUAAUCACCUCUGGAAUAGAGAGUGUUGAUGACUUUGCCAUGUGUACUGAAUGCAUCAUGUCCAAACUACGCCUUGUGCAGGACACACUUCUCCUUUUGAAGCCUGCCGUCAGAGCAGUGAGUAUAAUAUACACAAAAGUGUUGGCCAGGCUUCUUUUUUCCAUGCCUUCUUACCCGGAGGUAAUUGGGAAGCUGUGCCAGCAGUGUCUAAGCUGGUGCAGUGUCUGUCCCUAUCCUGUUCUCAUUCCACUCCGUGGAUUUCUCCAGCCACCUAGUAGGCCCCUACACACAAUGCUCACCAGAUUCCUCAAAGCUGUCACAGUGAUGGCACUUAGUUCUGAUUACCGGCUGCUGGUGGCAGGUUCCCAGGAUAGCUCAAAGCUUGCCUGGAAUAUGAAAGUUUUGGAGAUGCUGCAUGCCCUUCCGGCUGAGGUGAGGUGUGUGAAAGUGUUUGGAAAAGGAACCCGUGCUGUUUCAGCUGCCAUGGAUCACAUGGAUCUGCGCAUCUGGAAUUUGAUUUCUGGCAGAGCAAGGUUUAUUAUCCAAGAUACACAUAUCGAAGAACAGCUCUCACAUGACCUUCAUGUGGAUGAGUGGCACAUGAUUAUAUAUUCUUCCUCAGAUACAAAGGCCAAUGCUUGGCACCUGGGGACAGCAGAGCUCAUCUUCCAGAUUUCUGGAGAGGUGUCAGCUGCAUGGCUGUGUUCUGCAGCAUUCAGGCCAAGGCUGGUGAUUAUGACUGUGUCUGAAGGAGGAACACUGAGUCCGUGGAGCAGCAGCAGCACCAGUGAGCUGAGAUCUAAGUGUCAGCUAUCAGGGCUGCAGGAAGAAACACCAACGUCCAGUGUUCUGAUCCAGAAGCAAGGGAAGAUGAUAGUGGGAUUUAGCGGGGGAUCUCUAUCCAUGGUCUAUUCUGAGGGAAAUGGUUUGCUAGAGAAGCUUCCUGGAAGGGUUUGCUUUGUGGUGGUGUCAGAAGAUGAGUCCAUUCUUGCUGCAGGCUUUGAGGAAUAUGUGCGAGUGUACCUGGCAGACCCAAAGGGAUUCCACAGGUUCCUAGCGGCACAUUUGGAACGUGAAGGAGUGGUUCAUACGGCUGUUAUCUCUGCUGGCAACAGCAUUAUUGUUACUGGUUCUCAGGCUGCAUCUAUCCAGGUGUGGAGUUUAUCAGACCAGGGGUUGCUGACUGACGUACUGGAUGGCAUGGGAGCACCGGUAACACUCUUAGCCCUGUGCGACUGCACUCUGGUCCCUGUCUCCCACAGCACACUGUAUCUAGGAGUGUGGAACCUCAUUUACAAUCAUCAGCAGAAAACCUUCGCACCUAUCCCAAAUACAGGCUGCGCUGCACUGUCCCAUGGGGGGAACUGUGUCUAUUUUACCCAAACUGAAGACACUCAUAAAAUCGUCAUCUGGAACGCCACAGAAGGUGAAGCAUGUGACACACCGGACACCUCUGCCCGAGUGAGAUGACUGGAACUAGCUGAGCAAAACCAGCUCCUUUUCACAGGGCUUAUAUCUGGAACAGUCCUUGUCUUUCCACUGAACGCCAGGCAGGAUGUAGCACACAUCCCACCUCCAGAGUCACAGAAACCAGUCAACGACACGGCAAUCAACAAGCAGGAAAAGCAGCUUGCCAUAGCAUAGGAUGAUUUAGUCCUUGUGCUGGGCCUUAUCCCUGCAGAUCCACGCCCAGUGAUCGACAGGCCCGCCUACACUUUUAAAACUCAGGUCCCUGGCUCUCCGAUGUCCAGAGCAGCUGUCCUUGCAGAUCCCAGAGUCCUCUAUGGCACGACUAGCGGGGACUUACUCCGUUACGACUGCCCUCGAGCCCCAGUGUUUCCUUUGGAAGGUCACAGAAGCCAGAUCACCUGUUUGGAAAGCAGCCACAGAGAGCAGCGGGCCUCUAGAUCUGAAGAUUCCCUGCAGUGCCUCUGGUUUUUCAGGAACACGAGAUGUGCUAUUAUAAGAUACUACAGUGGCAUUUGCUGUGCUUGCUUCUCAGAAGAUAAGGACUUGUACACUGGACCGCUGGAUCAGUCCAUUGCAGUCCAGGAUGUUGCAAGUGGUGCCUUGCUGGCUGUACAGUGUGCAUACACAACUGCUAACGGAACUGUACCAACUGCAGAUGGAUUUGUUGCAAUAACAAAAGUUGGUUAUAUAAUUCAUGAGAAGUUUCACUGUCCUAAGACCACCCCUCCUUGGUAUAACCCACUCCAGAACAUCGUGGCAACAGGCACGGUAAAAUACCGAAAGGAAGACGGGGAAAACUCAAGCAAGCAACAGUACAACGAAGGAAAUUCUUCCGGGAGCCUGAUUCAUACCAGCAAGCUCUCUCAAGUCUGUUCAGUGGUGUAA